UCGCACCCAGACCGCCCUCGGGCCUGCGUGUGCCAAAUUGGUGGUCGGGCCGAGCGUUCACCACCAGGUUUCCGAGGGCGUGGAUUCCAGUCAUGGCCAUGUUCAAGAAGAAGAAGGAUGAAGACAGGAAACCCAUCGAGCAAGAGAUCGCCGAGCUGCAGCGGAAGUUUCGUGUCCUCGAGAAUGACAAGCGCGCUUGCAGCGAAGACUCGCAAGGCACCAUCCGCAAGCAGCGCGCCACGAUCGAGAAGCUCACGCGCGAGAAUCGGAAGAUGAAGGCCGAGCUGAAUGAAACCAGAUCCAGCACUGGUACGCAGGCAGAAGCGAAGAUGCAGCAGGAAACCAUUGCUCGAUUGAGUGAGCAGAAGGACACCCUCCAAAUGAAGUUAGAGGGUGAGGCCAACGAAGCUCAGAGGCUUCAAGACAAGCUGGACAGCACCCAGCGGCGCAUCUUUGAGCUGCGAGAGGAGAUGGCUAAGAGUGGUGGCGUCAACGCAGCGCUGGACAACUCUAAGGCCAUUGCCAAGCAGAUUCGCAUCUUAGAGAACCGGCUCGACAAGGGCCUGCAGAAGUUCAAUGAAGCCAUCGCGGCGAACCGCAAUUUGCGUGAGCAGAUCGAUACCCUGCGACGGGAACGUGUGGUCUUUGACGACAUCUACCGGAAGCUGGAAAACGAGUUGCAGCAGAAGAAGAAAGAGAUGGCCAAUAUCAUCGAGCAGGCCAAUGCGGCCUACGAGGCGCGCGACAGCGCUCAAGCGCAGAUGGCCUCUUUGAAGCAGCAAGCAGACAAAGAGCAUGCUGAAUUUGAGAAGGAAUGGCGAGAGUUGGGCCGCCUCAUCGAGAACGACAAGCGUAUGAAGGAGUUCAUGCGCACCAAGGUGCGCGGAAACAAGGAAGAUGGUGAAGGAAAGGAGGAGGACAAACACAAGAAGAAAAUCACCAAGCAUACCUGGCACACGACGGAAUCUUUGGUGACCAUGACCUCCAAUCAGGACAAGGUGGCGAGUUAUGAGGAGGCCUUUGCUCGCAUCCAGGCUGCAACGGGGAUUUGUGACAUUGAUCAACUGGUGCAAAACUUCAUCGAUGCCGAGGACACCAACUUCUCCUUGUUCAAGUAUAACAACGAACUCAGCGCAGAGAUCGAGAAGUUGGAAACGCAGAUCGCAGAGUACAAGGAAG